UUCCGUAGAAAUAACAAAAAUAAUUCCAGAGAAUAAAAUCAGAGAGAAUGAGAGAGAAAAAGACACAAUUGGUGUUCUUUAAUUUUUAAUUUUCAAGACAAUUUUAUAUUAAUUUUAGUUUUUGCGCUUUGGGGCCAGAGUGUUUGUUUAUGUUCUCCGUUCCGUUCCAUUUCGGUUCCGUUCACCGCUUAUUUUCUUUCGUUUCUAGUUUCGCACAGAAACAGAAAUAGAUAGAUAGAUACAGAAACAGUGAGCGAGAGAGAGAGAGAGAAACGGAACAAACCUAACCGAAUUUCUCGGGAAAAUUUUCGUGUAGUGUAUUUUUUAUUAUUUGUUUUGGUAAUUGUUGGAAUUGAAGAGUGGAGGAUUGUUCGAGUUAGGGUUUUUGAAUUAAGUUGUCCCGUUUUGGAGGCGAGGUUAUUCGUGCGGAUUAUUCUCGAGCUGAAUCGGUAAUGUUGGUUUGGAGUGCGAUUUCGCCGGAAUUGUAACUACGAUCUCGACGGAACUGCUCAAAUCAUAGGGUUGAAGCAAUGGAUGUUGAUUCCUCGAUGGUGCCGGAGGCUAAUCACGAUCCGGCGGCGCAAAACCACACGGCGGAAAGGGAGCAGCAGCAGCAGUUAAGGGAGUCUCCAUCGCCUACGUCGUCGCCGCCGACUUCAUCCUCCGGCGACGGGUCUCCGACGCAUUCGCCGGCGAAUCAUCAGCAGCUGCAGGCGGCAGCUCAGGUGCAGCAGAGUCCGGUGGUUGGUCCGAGGUUGGCGCCAACUUACUCGGUGGUUGACGCGAUUCUGGAGAAAAAGGAGGACGGUCCAGGGCCAAGGUGUGGCCACACGCUAACGGCGGUGGCUGCGGUUGGAGAAGAAGGCGCACCAGGGUACAUUGGUCCGCGGUUGAUUCUGUUUGGCGGUGCCACCGCUCUGGAAGGGAAUUCCGCAGCGUCAGGAGCUCCUGCUUCCCCUGGAAAUGCUGGCAUACGUUUAGCUGGUGCGACAGCUGAUGUCCACUGUUAUGACGUCUUAACUAAGAAAUGGUCUAGGAUAACUCCCUUUGGAGAGCCUCCAACCCCAAGAGCUGCACAUGUGGCGACUGCUGUGGGAACAAUGGUAGUUAUUCAGGGUGGCAUUGGUCCAGCUGGUUUGUCAGCUGAGGACCUUCAUGUUCUUGAUCUGACACAACAACGGCCACGAUGGCAUAGGGUUAAUGUUCCAGGACCUGGACCAGGGCCACGUUAUGGACAUGUUAUGGCUUUGGUGGGGCAGCGGUAUCUCAUGGCAAUUGGAGGCAAUGAUGGAAAGAGACCUUUAGCCGAUGUAUGGGCCUUAGACACAGCAGCCAAGCCUUAUGAAUGGCGCAAGUUGGAGCCAGAAGGAGAGGGUCCGCCUCCAUGCAUGUAUGCAACCGCAAGCGCACGCUCUGAUGGGCUGCUUCUGCUUUGUGGAGGGCGGGACGCCAAUAGUAUUCCACUAGCUAGUGCAUAUGGACUUGCUAAGCAUAGGGACGGUCGUUGGGAGUGGGCAAUUGCUCCUGGUGUCUCACCAUCUCCAAGAUAUCAGCAUGCAGCGGUAUUUGUUAAUGCAAGGCUCCACGUGUCUGGUGGGGCUCUUGGUGGAGGACGGAUGGUAGAAGACUCAUCAAGUGUUGCAGUGUUGGACACUGCCGCUGGUGUAUGGUGUGAUACAAAAUCUGUUGUUACCAGCCCAAGAACAGGUAAAUUCAGUGCUGAUGCAGCUGGUGGUGAUGCCUCAGUUGAGUUGACACGGCGUUGCAGACAUGCAGCUGCUGCUAUUGGUGACCUAAUUUAUAUUUAUGGUGGAUUACGUGGUGGGGUCUUGCUGGAUGACCUACUUGUUGCUGAAGAUCUUGCUGCUGCUGAAACAACACCUGCUGCUUCACAUGCUGCUGCGGCAGCAGCUGCAUCUAAUGCACAAGUUGGACGAUUACCUGGAAGAUAUGGAUUUGUUGAUGACAGGACAAGGCAAACAACGCUGGAAGCAGCACCUGAUGGUUCAGUUGUUUUGGGUAACCCGGUUGCUGCCCCUGUAAAUGGUGACAUGUACAGUGAUAUCAGCACUGAAAAUGCCAUGCUUCAGGGACCUAGGCGAACUACCAAAGGAGUUGAGUAUCUGGUUGAAGCAUCAGCUGCAGAAGCAGAAGCUAUCAGUGCCACGCUGGCAGCGGCAAAAGCACGGCAGGAGAAUGGAGAAGUUGAGUUGCCUGACAGAGAUCGUACAGCUGAGGCUACCCCUAGUGGCAAACAAAUAUCUUCUCUGAUUAAGCCUGAUUCUGCAGGAGCAAAUAACAUCACUCCUGGUGGAGUUAGACUGCAUCACAGAGCUGUGGUGGUUGCUGCUGAGACUGGUGGAGCAUUAGGUGGCAUGGUUAGACAGCUUUCCAUUGAUCAGUUUGAAAAUGAAGGCAGACGGGUUAGUUAUGGGACUCCAGAAAGUGCAACUGCUGCUAGAAAAUUAUUAGAUCGGCAGAUGUCUAUCAACAGUGUCCCAAAGAAGGUCAUAGCACAUCUGUUGAAGCCCCGUGGCUGGAAACCACCAGUUCGCCGGCAGUUUUUCUUAGAUUGCAAUGAACUUGCGGAUCUUUGUGAUAGUGCAGAGCGUAUAUUUUCAAGUGAACCAACUGUCUUACAACUUAGGGCACCAAUUAAAAUAUUUGGUGAUUUACAUGGGCAAUUCGGGGAUCUUAUGCGGCUCUUUGAUGAGUAUGGAGCUCCGUCAACUGCUGGUGACAUAGCAUAUAUCGAUUAUCUAUUUCUUGGAGAUUAUGUUGAUAGGGGCCAACACAGCUUGGAAACUAUAACCCUUUUGCUUGCUCUGAAGGUUGAGUAUCCUAGCAAUGUACAUUUGAUACGCGGAAAUCAUGAAGCUGCAGAUAUUAAUGCCCUUUUUGGUUUCCGGAUUGAGUGCAUUGAGCGAAUGGGUGAGAGAGAUGGUAUUUGGGCAUGGCAUCGGAUAAACCGUCUGUUUAAUUGGCUUCCUCUGGCUGCUCUAAUUGAGAAAAAAAUUAUUUGCAUGCAUGGGGGUAUUGGUCGCUCAAUAAAUCAUUUGGAACAGAUUCAAAAUAUUCAGCGUCCAAUUACGAUGGAAGCAGGAUCGAUUGUACUUAUGGAUCUGUUGUGGUCUGAUCCUACAGAGAAUGAUAGUGUGGAAGGGCUGCGGCCAAAUGCUAGAGGUCCGGGUUUAGUUACUUUUGGGCCGGACCGUGUGAUGGAAUUUUGCAACAACAAUGAUCUUCAGCUGAUUGUUCGAGCACAUGAAUGUGUUAUGGAUGGCUUUGAGCGCUUUGCCCAGGGGCAUCUGAUCACUCUUUUUUCAGCUACAAACUACUGUGGUACUGCAAAUAAUGCUGGGGCAAUAUUAGUUUUAGGUAGAGAUCUUGUGGUGGUUCCUAAAUUGAUCCACCCAUUACCACCUGCAAUUUCUUCACCCGAAACAUCACCGGAGCGUCAUAUUGAAGAUACGUGGAUGCAGGAAUUGAAUGCCAUGUUUAGCCUUAACUGCUUGUGCUGUCGUGUGGUUUCUGGUGUACUGUACUGUACAUAG